CCUUUCCCCUCUUCCUCUCUUCACUCACCUCUUGCCUGUGCAAGUAAACUCAGCACCACUACCCCUACCACCACCACCACCACCACUACUCCAUCUACCAUCUCCAGUGCCUCUCUCUCUAGCUUCUUCCUUCUUUCAUGGCAGGAAAGGCUGGGGUGAUGAUGCCCAUGAGCCCAUCCAUUUUGACCCAUGCCAUCCUGGUCCUAUAUACAUACUCCCCGUAGGCUCACACUCCCAAUCUCUACUUGCUGCUGCUUCUGCUUGCGAUUGCGAGCUCUCUCCUCUCUCUCUGUUUUUUUUUUUUUUGGCUUGCAAAGCUUUUGCUUUGUUUUAGGUGCUUCUUUUCCACUCCUUUACUGUUCCCCCACUUUUCCUUGCUUUGUCACGCACACGAAAAGCUCCUGCCUUUACCUUAUCUCCGCUCGCCUUCCCUCACCCCCGUCGUAGUGGGAUUUGGUGGCUGCUCGCCUCUCGCGUUUCUUUUGCUGGAUUGGGGCGUUCUUGGGAGCUCGGGAAUUCGGGUGGUUUGGUUGGGUUUCGUGGAGAAUUGCGGCAGAUCUUUGAGAUGAACUGCGGGCCGCCCGACCAGUUGCCGCCGGCGACGGCGCCGUCGUGCUUCCUCAACCUCAACUGGGACCAGUCCAUGGACGCGGCGGCGGGAGGGCACCUCGACCCGGCGCUCAGCUCCAUGGUGUCCUCGCCGGCGUCCAACUCGACGGGCGCUCUCCACGGGAUCUCGCCGCAGCCGCACUACGGUGGCGGGACGCCGCUCAGCUCGCCCCCCAAGCUCAACCUGUCCAUGAUGGGGCAGUUCCACCACUACGCCGCGCCGCCGCAGGUGGGCGGCGGCGGAGGCGGAGGCGGGGGCCUGCCAAUCCUCGAGAACCUGAUGCCCAUGGGCCACCUCGACCAGUUCCUCGCCGACCCUGGCUUCGCCGAGCGCGCCGCGAGGCUCUCCGGCUUCGACGCCCGCGGCGGCGGCGGAGGAGGAGGCUACGGCGGCGCCGGCCCGGCGCAAUUCGGCCUCCCUGACGCCGGCGCGGCCGGCGCAUCGAAGGAGAUGGAGCUCGGGAACACCCGGGACGAGUCGUCGGUGUCUGAUCCGGCGCCCGGCGGCGCCGAGAUUCCGCCCAAGGGGGCUUCCGACGGCAAUGCACGGAAGCGGAAGGCCUCCGGGAAGGGCAAAGGCAAGGACAGCCCCAUGUCCACCUCCGCCGCCAAGGAGGAUUCCAGCGGCAAGCGUUGCAAAUCGACGGAGGAGAGCAAUGCGGCCGCCGAGGAGAAUUCCGGCAAGGGGAAGGCCGCGCAGAGCAACAGCGAGAAUGGCGGCGGCAAGAAGCAAGGGAAGGACAGCUCGUCGAAGCCCCCCGAGCCGCCCAAGGACUACAUCCAUGUCCGCGCCCGGCGCGGCGAGGCGACGGACAGCCACAGCCUCGCCGAGAGGGUGAGAAGAGAGAAGAUAAGCCAGAGGAUGAAGCUGCUGCAGGAUCUCGUGCCGGGUUGUAACAAGGUGGUUGGAAAGGCUGUCAUGCUCGAUGAAAUCAUAAACUAUGUGCAGUCGUUGCAACGGCAAGUCGAGUUUUUGUCCAUGAAGUUGGCCACUGUGAAUCCCCAGCUGGACUUCAACAAUUUGCCUAACCUCCUUGCUAAAGAUAUGCACCAGUCAUGCAGCCCGUUACAGAGCUCACAUUUUCCACUAGAGACCUCAGGUGCGCCGCUGCCCUACAUUAACCAGCCUCAGCAAGGGAACCCUCUCGGUUGUGGCCUGACGAACGGCAUGGACAACCAGGGUUCUAUGCACCCAUUGGACCCGGCAUUUUGCCGGCCAAUGGGCUCGCACCAUCCUUUCCUCAAUGGGGUUAGCGAUGCGGCUUCUCAGGUUGGUGCUUUCUGGCAAGAUGAUCUCCAAAGUGUUGUUCAGAUGGAUAUGGGGCAAAGUCAGGAGAUCGCCACCUCUUCCAAUAGCUACAAUGGUAGGAUCGUUGCAAACAGUCCACAUGAAAAUGGAGCUUUGACAUGACCAAAUAAAGGUUCGAUCCAAAGCUCUGACGCCCAUUGUACAUACAGAGAAGUCAGCUUGCCGCGGCAGCACUCUGAGAUUCAACCCUAACAAUGUUGGGCCCUAGCAGUGUUUUAGCUUCUAAUUUCCCAUCUUGGUGUAAUGAUUCUUUGAACAAAAAUGAAACGCACCAUGUACGGUAGUCGGGUGUAGUAUAUAUAUGUAUGCUACAAGAUCGUACAUAAGUCGGGUGCAGUAUAUGAUGCUUCAUUCAGACCCUUUUACCCUCUCAAGCAGAGAGGGACGACGUGUAAUAUCAUUAUUUGUAUUCUCAUUAUAUUUGUAGCUGAUAUAUAUCUUUAAGAUCCUUCUUCCUGUCCA